AUAGCAAAUUUAACGCACGAACGAACAGUUAUACUACCAAAAUAAAGAAAAUUCAAGAGCCAAAGAAGAUGGGCUAACAAAAAAAAAAUCACCACGAUCACUUUCUUUUACCAUAAACUGUAAUUAACUAUCAAAAUAAUAAUUAACGAAGAAAUGAUAGCACUACCCUCAACCAGCACUUAUAAAUAGAGGAUCGGUGCGAGUAACGUACAUUCAUCAUCAGCAUUACAAAUCACAUUCAUAAUCGUUACCAUCCACAUCACAUAUAAACACACAAAAGAUGGCGAAUUUCUCCAGUGCUCUCAUUCUUUUGUUCGUGUUCAUCACAAGCGGCGUUGCUGUUUUCGCCACCGUCUUCACUUUACAGAACAGCUGUCCUUACACCGUCUGGCCCGGAAUCCUCUCCGGCAACAGCAACACCCUCGGCGACGGCGGGUUUCCCUUGACUCCAGGCGCUUCCAAACAGCUAACCGCUCCUCAAGGAUGGUCAGGCCGGUUCUGGGCUCGCACCGGCUGCAGCUUCGACUCCUCCGGAAACGGCAACUGUGUCACCGGAGACUGCGGCGGCGUCCUCAAAUGCAUCGGCGGCGGAGUUCCUCCGACAACUCUAGCCGAGUUCACCGUCGGAACGGGCGUAUCCGGCAAGGACUUCUACGACGUGAGUCUCGUCGACGGCUACAACGUCGAGAUGGGGAUAAAACCGCAAGGAGGCUCCGGCGACUGCAAGUACGCCGGCUGCGUCGCCGACGUCAACGCGGUUUGUCCUAACGAGCUUCGGAUCGUGGAUCCGAAAACCGGAACCGUGGCGGCGUGUAAGAGCGCUUGCGCGGCGUUUAAUUCGCCGGAGUUUUGCUGCACCGGUGCUCACGCGACGCCGCAGACUUGUUCUCCGACGCGUUACUCGGCGAUGUUUAAGAACGCUUGUCCUAGCGCUUACAGCUACGCUUAUGACGACGCGACAAGUACGUUUACUUGUGCCGGGGCUAACUACUUGAUCACUUUCUGCCCCACCCGGUCUUGAAAACCGGUUGUUCCGGUUUAGAUUCCGGUUUGGUUGCUGUUUCAUGUUUCUUUUGCUUGUUAUGUACGGAAAGAUAAUGACUUUGUUUCAUCCUCUUCCUUUUUUAAUGAUUUUAUAGUUGUUACACAUCUCAUUUGCACUGUUGAUUUCAUUUGUAUUCUUUUAAGUUUUAUAAUGAUUUUGAAGACACUUUGCAGUA